AGUUACCAAACUUCCGGAAGUGCGCCUGCUCUGUGGAUGGAGGCUCCUGCCUGACGGACGCCACCACGGAGCAGACGGAGCCGCCGCACCGGGGAAUGGGUGAGGCUCUGUCCCCGUGCAGACGUGCUGGACUCCGACUGAUGGCGUCAGGCACGGCGAGACCCUCUGCAGACGAGGAGUCGCUGGCGGGACAGAAGAGGAGCGCGUCACAUCUCGGGCACCAUCCCCAAACGCGGAGUUCCUCCAGGUUCAUCAAGAGAAAGAAGUUCGAUGAUGAGCUGGUAGAGAGCAGCCUCGCCAAGUCGUCCAGCCGGGCCAAGGGGCCCAGUGGGGUGGAGCCAGGCCGCUGCUCGGGCAGCGAGCCCUCCUCCAGCGAGAAGAAGAAGGUCUCCAAAUCCGUCUCUGCACCCGUCACCCCAAGCCCGGUCCCAAACUCCAGCCUCCCCAAGCGGAUGAAGAAAAGCAAACAGCCCCUGCAGGUGACGAAGGACUUGGGCCGCUGGAAGCCUGCGGAUGACCUGCUGCUCAUCAAUGCUGUGCUGCAGACCAACGACCUGACCUCGGUCCACCUGGGCGUGAAGUUCAGCUGCCGCUUCACCCUGCGGGAGAUCCAGGAGAGGUGGUACGCGCUGCUCUACGACCCGGUCAUUUCCAAGCUGGCCUGUCAGGCCAUGCGACAGCUGCACCCCGAAACCAUCACAGCCAUCCAGAGCAAGGUGCUGUUCAGCAAAGCCGAGGAGCAGCUGCUGAGCAAGGUGGGAUCGGUAAGGCUCAGCCCUCCCCUUACGCGCAGGACCAACGACCUGACCUCGGUCCACCUGGGCGUGAAGUUCAGCUGCCGCUUCACCCUGCGGGAGAUCCAGGAGAGGUGGUACGCGCUGCUCUACGACCCGGUCAUUUCCAAGCUGGCCUGUCAGGCCAUGCGACAGCUGCACCCCGAAACCAUCACAGCCAUCCAGAGCAAGGUGCUGUUCAGCAAAGCCGAGGAGCAGCUGCUGAGCAAGGUGGGAUCGUUGCAAGCCGCUGCCAAGGGGACCAGGUUGCUGAACUUACUCGGAGCAGAGGACAUGAUCGAUGACAGCAAGCUGGAAGUGACGUUGUCGCGGGGGGCUUGCGGGGGCUCCUUCCCGCCAGGGCCAGAACCCACUGCGGCAGCCUGGUGCCACCAGUCUGACCGCACCAGCUGCUGCCUGGUGCUUCCUGGCCCCUGGAGCCAGCUCUGGCUGGGCUGCAGCUCGGCCCGGGACCAGUGCCGAGCAGGCCUGGCGCCCCUGGCGCCUGCGGGACGGAAUGGCGGCAGGUUGGCCGGCAGAGGGCCCGUGCUGGGGACUGGGUCCAGGGCUGGCGUGUUGGGUCUGCCUCGUGCGGCAUCCCGUGGGCGUGCGGUCGAGGGCAGUACCGACCCUUCCUGUCCUCCCCGCAGGGACGUGGAGGACGAUGUGCAUGGAGAUGAACUGACUGUGGCCGACAGGCGCCAGAAGCGGGAGAUCCGACAGCUGGAGCAGGAGCUCCACAAGUGGCAGGUGCUGGUGGACAGCAUCACGGGAAUGAGCUCCCCGGACUUUGACAACCAGACGCUGGCUGUGCUGCGGGGCAGGAUGGUGCGUUACCUCAUGCGCUCCCGCGAGAUCACACUGGGCAGAGCCACGAAGGACAAUCAGAUCGAUGUGGACUUGGCGCUGGAGGGGCCCGCCUGGAAAAUCUCCCGGAAGCAAGGCGUCAUCAAGCUGAAGAACAAUGGGGAUUUCUUCAUCGCCAACGAGGGCCGGCGCCCCAUCUAUGUGGACGGGCGCCCCGUGCUGGGCGCCAGCAAGUGGAAGCUCAACAACAACUCGGUGGUGGAGAUCGCCAGCCUCCGCUUCGUCUUCCUCAUCAACCAGGACCUGAUCGCCCUCAUCAAGGCCGAAGCUGCCAAGAUCCCCCAGCAGUGAGGGGCCCUGCUACUGUCCGGUGUCCGCUGGCUUCACCCGCUGCAGGCUUCCCUGGGGCUGCCCCCUCCCCUCUGGCUGGGGGCAGGGCCUGGGGCCGACCGCACAACGUUCCCUUCCAAAUAAAUGUGUCUAACCUGC